UGCUGCACUUUUCAUCGGAGGACGCAUCGGAGCUGAGGCAGCAAAUUGUGGGAAGAAAUUAGAUAGUUUACACUUAUUUACAUUUUGUAUGUUGACAUUGUUUGGAUGACGUAUAUAGAUGAAACUUUGACUGUAAAAAGGGAAACAAGCAGAUCCGAUAUUGCCAAGACUAAUUUGGAUUGUUCUCUGGCAUCUAGUAGACAAUCAUGGCAGAACAGUCUCCUCCAGAGUUCAAGGAUUGCCAGGAUGAGAGUGAACUGCCUGAAGGGAUUGAAAUUGAAACUGAAACAUCUGAAAGAGUGAGUGGAACCGAUCCAACGCAAACUUUCAACCAGGUUCAGGAUCCAAAUUUGAGGAAAAUCGAUUUGGAAAAAGUGGAAGAGGUCUCUGGAACAGUCAAAUUCUUUGAUUGUGAUGUUGAAGAUGAAGAGGGACAGCAGGAGACUGCCAGAGAUGCUGCCAGUGUUAGAAUCGCAGAUGACUAUCCCACCAUUACAAAAGGUGCAGAAGCAGUUGUUACUGCGAUAAACGAAGCCGGUGAUCCGGGUAUGGUGAACGAGAAAGGAUGGAUGUUAGGAGAUGACGAUGAUAGGAUGCAAGAGGAAGAAUUUAGGGAAGCUAAGGACAACAGAUCUAUCCUUCAAGACAAUGGUGUGGCAAACAAGAUUAUCAAAGGAGCAGAGAAUAGUGAAAUUGUUGAUCACGGUAUCAACAAAGAUCUUGAGAGAGCUUCAAGUUUCCAGAAAGGGUUGGGAGACGGUGUUAAACCCGAGGAUGAAAAGGAGGACAUGGAGCUGCUACUUCUUGCAGCACGACAUGGAGAUGCAUCAGGGGUACAUAAACUGAUUCAGAAGUAUGAGCAACGUGACAUGAACUGCACUUUCAGUGUCAAUUGUAAAGGUCAACAAAAAUCAAAUCGAGGUUGGAGUCCACUCCAUCUUGCUUCUUACUUUGGUCAUGAGAAGGUUGCGUUGGUUCUGUUGAGUAACGGAGCUAACAUCAACUCAAUGAAUCCUAUGGGAGAUACACCUCUUCACAAAGCUGCUUAUAUUGGCAGAGAAGACAUAGUGCAGCUCUUAAUUGAGCAUGGUGCUGAUGUCUUUGCUAUCAAUGGAGAAGGCAUGUCGCCCAAGGAACUAGCACUUGGACUAGAAGUCAAGAGACUACUCGAAGGUGCUGAACAAUCACAGCAGCUGAAGUCCCACCAAACUUUACUCCAUGCUGCAUCAGAGGGUGAUAUUGAAAUCAUGGCUAAAGUGCUAAAAGGCCCAAGGCCCCCUGACAUAAAUUGCACAGACGCAAGUGGAAAUACUCCUCUCCAUCGGGCUUGUUACAGCGAUCAGCGAGAGGCAGCCAUUUUCUUGCUUCAGAGUGGGGCGAAGACUGAUUUGAAGAACACCAAGGGUCAAACGAGCCUUGACCUUGCCCAGUCGCACCACAUCAGACAGCUAGUCAGCCUUCGUCCAGUAAAGGUUGUUCAGAGCUAUGUCAAUAAGUUUGAAGGACCGCUUUAUAGGGCUGGUUUGAUGAGAAGGCGACAUCUUUGGGUAGUACUUGACCAAGGUAUGCUGAGCUAUUACAGGAACAGGACUGAUGCAUAUACAGGAGUGAAGAGACAGGGCUGCAAAAGUCUGGAGCACGCUGAUAUAAAGAUCAAUGUUGAUAAUGAAUAUAUGUUUGCGGUGAGGUACAAUGAAGGAUCCACCCAUCUCUGGAUGCUAGAUGAAAAAUUCUCCAAAGACUUGACUAGAGAGAAAUGGAUAUCGGCUCUGAGGGAGCAUCGAUCCUACAGUGAGAGAUUGGCUAGUUCCUGCAUCAUCGCCGACUCCGAUUCUGAAGAUGAUGAGGAAGGAGAAGAUAAGAAGAAACUCCUUGCCUUGAGCUCCAUCCAAGAUACCUUAAAGAAUGCUCAAACACGACACCACCUCUUGGAGGAGAGCAUCAGAAAUCUUUCACAAUGGAUGGAAGGGUUCAAAGGCAGCACAGAUGACAGUAUUAAUAUUACAGAGCUAACCAGACGGCUGGAAGGCAUUGUUGAUAGAUCUCACGAAGCUUGUAGCGCCCUGUCUAGUUGUAUGGCUGUGGUGUCCGGCCAGGAAGAGCUUCGUAACCUGCAGUUGAAGCAGGAGCAAGAACGGACCCGUAACCUUCAGGACGCCCUUCAUGCGCUAGCGCAGCAGCAUGACAGACUAGAACUCCUCUCGGCGACCCUCUCCACAAGCCCUCUCAACUUCCAAGAUAUCCCUGCGGAGUUUGACUAUGAGGAUCACGAAUUCCACAGUGUGAGGGACUCCGGAAGCCGAGGAAGCAGCCCCACCGGUAGCUUUGAUGAUCGACUCAGUGACGUUGAGAGCUUCUACAGUGUCAGGAUGGAUUCCGAGCAAAGGUCGCCAACAGAGGGCGUUCAGCAUAGAAUAUCAGACUCUGAGAACCAUUCAAACAGUAAACAGAGCAAGGAAGACCUUCUUUCAUCAAACAAUGGAGAUUAUAGUAUAACUAAAAACAGAGACUUGGGAAAAAGCGAUGUGUUCACGUUUGGAAGUGUGCCCGAUAUUAUCAUUCCAGGUUGUGCAAGGGUAAGGUUACCGGCCCAAAUGUACAAACGAGACCAUAUGACGUUAUGGACAGUACUAAAACAAUGCAUGGGCAAAGAACUCUCCAAGAUCACCAUGCCUGUAGUGUUUAACGAACCGUUAAGCUUCCUCCAAAGAUGCUGCGAAUACAUUGAACAUGCCCACCUCCUGCUGAAGGCCAGUAUGUCCGAUGACCCUGUGGAUAGGAUGAAGUUUGUGACAGCCUUUGUUGUAUCUGCAUCAGCUUCAAACGUAGACAGGUUUGGAAAACCCUUCAAUCCACUCUUAGGAGAAACAUAUGAGUUGACAAGAGAGGACAUUGACACCAAGAUGCUGUUAGAGCAGGUCUCCCACCAUCCUCCCGUCAGUGCCUUCCACGCCAGCUCGCCUCACUUUGAGUUCCACGGUGCUGUCCAUCCAAAACUCAAGUUCUGGGGAAAGAGUAUGGAGGUCCAACCCAAAGGCGUGGUGACCAUCAAGCUUCCAAAACAUGGUGAAUCCUACACCUUUCAUAACGUCCUAAUGUGUGUUCAUAAUCUCAUCGUGGGUAGACUCUGGAUAGAGCAGUAUGGCACGCUAGAGAUCAUCAAUCACAAGACGGGGCAUAAGAGCGUUCUUAACUUCAAACCGGCUGGCUGGUUUAGUCGAGAUCUCCACAAAAUUGAAGGCCAUAUCUUUGAUAAGCAGGGGAAGAAGCUGUGCUAUCUCUAUGGGAAGUGGACAGAGUACCUAUGCGCUGUUCAAAAAGAUUCACCUGAAAGCAGAAAGGAAGAGAAGAAGAGGAAAGGGAGGGCGAAUGCCUCAGAAAGGCAGAGUCCACCGAGUUCACCUGGAGCAGGGAGCGUUCCUCUUGAUGAUGGACCAGACACGGACUCUCAGAUCUUAUGGCAAAACCUAACAAGGCCUAAAGAAUCAUUAAAAUACUAUUCCUUCACAUCGUUUGCCAUGAAACUGAAUGAACUGGGCGAUGGUAUGAAGCAAACCCUACCGUGCACAGACAGCAGGUUGAGACCAGACAUCAGAUUACUAGAAAACGGUGAUAUAGACGGUGCAUCCGACGAGAAGCAUCGCCUGGAGGAGAACCAGAGAGCGAGGCGGAAGCAACGAAACAAGAACAAAGACACCUGGUCCCCCGUCUGGUUCCGAGCCGACGUCAACAGCUUGACAGGGGAGCAGGACUGGCUCUACAAGGGUAACUACUGGGACAGGAACUACUCCAACUCUCCUACUAUAUUUUGAGGGACCAGUGAACCUGUGUAGUACAACUUCCGAAAGGUGACGACGGUCUGGUUGGUAGAUGUCUCUGGUAACGAUGAUGUUCUUAUAGAGUAGUUUCAGAUGAUGUCACAUGGGGGCAAAACGAUGGAAGACCUGUGCAUUACACCCUUCAGAGAAUGAUUCGCCACGGUUUAAUGGACAGGUUUUUAUUGUUUGUUCUCUAACAUGUCUGUUCAUGGGAAAGCCCAGUUUAUGGAAAGUUAAAUCCAAGAUGGUCUUAAUUGGAUAGGGGGUCGUCGUGUUGGGGUUCCAUGCCUUUUGCUCCUGCGACAAUUGCUCCUACUGGAAGAUGCACGCGUUAAAGUCAAUCAUAACCACGAGCUUCAGACCUUACCUUAAUCUUCAUCCCAAUCACAUGACUCUGAACCAAAAACCCUAUUACAAUUCUAACCCUCCCCCUAUAUCUUUAGAGAAAUAAGCGGAGGAGCAUUCGUCAUAAGAGCAAAUGUCGUGUUACCAUAAGGGUUGCUUUGCCCGAAGAAGAAACAUUGUCUUUAUGGUCAGGUUCAUUCAACAGAAUAGUAUAUGUCACCAACCACCCCAAAAUAAACAAUAAGUCGCCCAGAGUAGUGUCAUUCAUAAAUAAAAAAUCUUCUAUCUUGUAUUUUAUUCAACUUUACUUCAAAAUUACUCUUUCAGAUAAGCUAAUUUUCAAAUUUUUGCUUUUUAACUGCCAAAUUACAGAAAACCUCCCCUGGCGACUCAUUGGUGGUUUUGGGUUGGCUGGGCAAAUAUGGGGAAGCAUUCCUGUUAAGACAAAUAGGAGUAUCCUCUUGACUAUGAAUGUAGGUAACCUACAUUAUUUAUGUUGACCACUGCAAUGGUAUAACUGAAUAUGAAAGAUCAAAGAAUAGGGGAAAGACAAGUGACCUUUCUAUGCAGUUAAUCAUGCUACCUUCAACUUAACCAGUGUGAAAAUCAUGUUAACCAGUGAUUGAUAACAGCUACGGAGUACUCUACUUUUUAGAAAUAAUUUAUAUUAGGACUGGUGUUGGCCUCUAACCUAUCAGAAGUUCUGGGGUCCGUAACAUAAAUAUGCAGUGAUUGAUGUUUAUAGUUGAUUUACACAAAUUGAUUACAGAAAACGGUUAAUGUGGUCAAUUGUAAAACCUGGGGGCCGUCUCAUAGAGCUGUUCGUAAGUUAAGAGCGACUUUUAGAACGACUGGUGAUCCUUUCUUACGCGCUAAACCACAGCCUUUGAAUGUACCAUUUCCACAAGUAAGGAUCACCAGUCGUUCUUAACGAACAGCUUUAUGAAACACCCACCUGGUUCAAAGAUCAAGUACGGUUAGGAAGCACAAGUGAGUGUUUCAUAAAGCUAUUCUUAAAUUACGAGUGACUUUACGAGCAACUGGUGAUCCUUUCCUGUGGUAAAUGAUACAGACCGGAUUGACCUUGAUUAUGUUCCUAAGACAGGGUCACCAGACGAUCGUAAAGUCGCUUGUAACUUACAGACAACUUUAUGAAACACCCAUCAGGUAAUUCUAUAAUUAGAUUGCCAACUACAUCUAUUGAUGUAGAUGACUUUUCGAUAUUGUUGCAUAUAGCAAUCAUCAAUUGGGGAUUUCAAGAUUUCUGUUGGAGUUGGGCUCGUUUUUAAAUCAGUACCACACCAAACUU